GAAGGAUACGCACUCACACUAUGCCAGGGCGCUGAUCUGGAGGCUGCUGGAGAGCAGCCGUGAUAUGGUCGAAGACAAGGCCAAUCACGAAGAGUUUAAGAGGAUGCUCAGCAAAACCAUGGCCACGACCUCCCCCGUCGCGGCCAAGGGUCCCGUCUGCGCCAACCCCGUCUGUGGCAAGUUUGGCCACACCCUCGCUGUCUGCCCGGUGCCGACGGAUUCCAAGCACGGCGACAUGACUGGCUGCUUCUUCUGCAACGUGGUUGAACACGACGCAGAUGACUGCCCGAUGAUGGAAUGGGUUUCUCCGGCCACGCUGGUCACCCACCUCAUCACCAAUCGCGCCGGCAUGCCACCCUGGAACACGCGGAUUGACUGGGUGGCCCUUGCCCUGAGCGAGUGGGACUUGGUGUGCUUCACCAUGUUGCCGCUGACCCGCGCCUUUGUCAAGAAAGUUUACAUUCCCGGCCGGUGCUGGAAGGAAGUCAACGGUGUCUCGCCCAUCACCGAACCCAUCCUCAAGAAUGCCGACCGCAAGCUGCUCAAGGACCUCGCCAGAAAGGCCAAGCCCGGCGAUUCGAGGCCGCGCCGCCCGCUCAUGGAGGCAUCCGUCGACAUGUGCUACUGCCGCAACAAGUGCCACGACGACAUCGAGCAUACCGUCUUCAAGAAUGAAGCGCUUCAGAAAUUCAUCCCGGACAUGAAUGUGGACGAGGAGACGUACCGCAAGCUGAUGGCCGUCUACGAGCGCGAAGUUGCCGCGACCCAGGCGCAGAUGACCAAGAAGAUGCCCAAGAAGGUCACCAAGGAGCGCAAGGGCCGGCGCGCCAUGAAGAAGGAGGCGAUGGCUGCUGCCGCCGCGGUUGGGAAGGAGCAGCACGCUGUUGCCGGUCCCACCGUGUCCAAGACCGCCCUGACGGGCAGCAUUGAUCAAGCCGGGAAGGACGACAGCUCGGAGGAGGAGGAGAACGAGAAGGAGAUCCCUGUCUCCCAGUCGCUGCUCGACCUGACCGAUGCGGUGGAUGAGGUCAUUAAGAACAUCCAGAAGAUUGUCAAGUCCUAAAGGCCUUCUCUCUCGUCGUAAGCCGGAGUUGUGGUGUUUCAAAAGGGCGGUAAUCACUAUCAAUAUACCCUCGCCGCCUGACGGUCUUUCUGCUCACCGUAAUACCGGCUUAGGAUGCGGUGGUGCUUUCUGAUACGUUGCAGUUUAUCAAGGGACGUGGAGGGUAUGAGAUGGCGCAUCCAAGGAGUAUGGGAUGGGCGGUCUCUCGGCUGGAGUUUUCACGUGGUUUUCAUUUUCGUUCUUUCUUCCCACAUCACAUGUGUAUGGAAUCUACAUAUGGCUGGC